CGCAACUACCGGGUCGGACAUUCUUGUCAGCGUGCAUUCAUGUCUAAACAUCAUCCAGAUUUGAUCAUGUGCAGGCGCCAGCCUGGCAUCGGCAAGUAUUCUUUCAUUGGCACUUUGGUCGCUUUACUAAUCCGUAACACGACAGCCAUCGGUCGGUUAUGCGAAAAGUGUGACGGAAAAUGUCCUGUAUGUGACUCGUACGUACGGCCAGAGACACUCGUCCGCAUAUGUGACGAGUGCAACUUUGGAACCUACGGCGGAAGAUGUAUCAUUUGCGGUUCACCCGGUAUUUCGGAUGCAUAUUACUGCGCUGAAUGUACUCGAUUGGAAAAGGACCGUGACGGGUGUCCAAAGAUCGUGAAUCUUGGCGCCAGCAGAACAGACCUCUUCUACGAAAGACGGAGGCUUGGCUUCAAAAAGGGUUAAACAGUCACUCCCCCGGUGCUGUUGAGUUUCUUCCCCUUGCUUGUCGUCACCGUAAUCCAUCAUUCAUUGCAGUGAAACGUGUCAGCGGACCAUUAAUAUUGUACCAAUUAACAAGCAAGAUUGUGUACACAUUACGCCGACAGGCGGUCGUGACUCAUCCAGAGUCCCCUAAAAGUACACCGGGAAGGGAAUAAGCGGAGGGCUUGCACUUGGAUUCUCGACGUUUGCAAAUUUGCUGUGGGUAGAUCUGAGUCAGACAAAUGCCGUUUCUAUUGGCUUGCUUGCAGACGUACCGAAAACGAGGCAUGUCAACCUGGAACCAAUAUAAGCAAAGGCAUCAGUAA